AUGGAUGAUCUGUACGGCGAUCUGCCGCCGACCAACGAUGGCUCGGGCAUCGGCCUUGGCUUCGCCCCGAGCGUCGUGGCCCCGAAGCCAGCCAAGAAGUCGCGCUUCCAGCCUGUUGGUUUUACGCCUGCCAAGCCGGCGCCGGCCGCGCCCGUCGAGGCGCCCAAGCCGACACCACCCGAGCCCGUAACAGCCGAGCCAGCCACACCCGCCACGCCAAGCUUGAGCUGGGCUGCGAAGAAGCUUGCGGCCAAGUUUGCCAGCCGUCCAACGGCCGUCACCACGACGAGCUCGACCAACGCGGUCUCGACACCGGCACGCCCGUCGCCGUCGCCCGCAGCAACAUCAACGCCGACGCUCAAGACGUCGCUUGGUCUUGCAUCGUUCACGACGGUGUCGGUGACGCGCAAGCCGACGGCGCCACUAGUCGACGAAUCGGCGCCUUUCCGGGCCAACGACAUCGACAACGAAAACGACGAUGACAACCGAGCGCGGCCCGCCACGUUUAUCGGCGAGAUCCGCAACGAGUACGACCCCGCACGCCCGAACGACUACAUGUCGUACGUCGAAGAUCGCAAGAUGCGCAAGAAGCAAGAAAAGGUCAAGCGCGACCUCGAAGAGCGACAGAAGCGGCUGGAUCGCGCGAGAGCACGCGAGCGUGAAGAGCUGACGCGGGACCUCGAGGCUGGUCGCGUGCCCACAGUUGCCACCACAACUGUGCCAGGUGGUCGUGGCCGAGGCAUGAACUUACCGGCGUGGAUGACCAAGAAGAUUGAAGAAACUACCAAAGAUCAGCCACCGAUCGCAGCCGUGGGUCCGAGUCCGCGUGCAGUGGCAGGGCAGUACGACGACGCAUCCGAAGCGCCUCGGGGACUCGGCUUUGUGGCAGCACAGACGCCACCACCAGCACCGUCGCCGCCUCCCCUAAUGACGCCGGCCACCGUCGCGCCAACGACGACAGCGCCUUCGACAACGACACCAAAAGCCCGCGUCUCUCGCUUUGGUCAGCGUGUCUCUCGCUUCGACCAAAAGGCGGCGGCGCCCAAGAAGACUGUGCUGCUCCUCCAAAACAUGGUCGGGCCCGGCGAAGUCGACGACGACCUCGAGGGCGAGGUGAAGGAAGAGUGCCAGUCCAAGUACGGCCCCGUCGUCAAGUGCAUCGUGUACGAGGUGACGACGGGCGUGCCGGCCCACGAAGCUGUCCGCAUCUUUGUCGAGUUUUUGAACGAGUCGGACGCGGCCAAAGCGCUCGCCGGCUUGCACGGGCGGUUCUUUGGUGGCCGAAAGCUCCAGGUCUCGCACUUUGAGAAGGCCAAGCUCGACCGCCUCGAGCUCGCACCGUGACCACUCGUUACUCUUCAUAGUAUAUAAAACGAAGGCUCGUAUAAACAUAUGCAC